CCCGACGUGUCCUAAACAAGUCAGUUAUGUAGCUGGUGUCGGCUUGUUUUCGUCAAUGUUUUUGACCCAACAUGGCUUCCCUGAAAUCCCUGCUGGCUUUCUCCAGCAGGCUUCUGCCGACAUUAAGGAAGCAGACUCCUGCCACUAACAUCAAGAGGACCUUCUUCCUCCCAGCACUCUUCAAACGCGCAGACGGCCGGUUUGUUGUCUGUGGUGGAAAGUGCAGUUCUACUGCAGCCAAUGCAGAGAAAAGCGAGGAUGCCUUCCUGAAGUGGCUCCUGCUGCUCAUCCCUGCAACCACCUUUGGCCUGGGUACAUGGCAGGUGAAAAGGCGUCAGUGGAAGAUGGGAUUGAUCGAUGAACUGAGACGCCUCACCACAGCGGAGCCUAUUCCUCUUCCUCUUGAUCCUCUUGAAGUGAACAAGCUGGAGUACAGAAGGGUGAAAGUGCACGGGCACUAUGAUCACUCUCAGGAGCUGUACAUCAUGCCCCGCUCCCCUGUCAACCCAGAGAAAGAGGCCAGGGAGGCAGGAAGCCUGUCCUCGAGUGGAGAGAUUGGAGCAAACGUCAUCACCCCUUUUCAUUGCUCUGACCUUGGCAUCAAAAUCCUGGUCAACAGAGGAUACGUACCAAAGCAGAAAAUACGACCGGAGACCAGAAUGAAGGGGCAGGUGGAGGAUGAGGUGGAGGUGGUGGGGGUUGUCAGGCUGACGGAAACACGCAAACCUUUUGUACCAAACAACGACGAAGAGAGAAAUCGCUGGCAUUACCGUGACCUGGAGGCCAUGUCUCGCAUCACUGGGGCUGCUCCCAUCUUGAUCGACGCCGACUUCAAAAGCACUAUUCCAGGGGGACCAGUUGGAGGACAGACCCGGGUCACACUAAGAAAUGAACACAUGCAAUAUAUCAUAACUUGGUAUGGUUUGUGUGCAGCUACUUCCUACAUGUGGUAUGCAAAGUUCAUCAAGAAGAUUAAAAUGUAAUCAUGUAUCACUGAAAAUUAUGUUACACAGCAAUUCUUGAAGAUGUUGACUAUCAAUGCAUUACUGCCCAUGUACUCAAGAAUACAAAUGAAUACCUUAUGAGCAUU